AUGGCACCUCAAGAGUCAGCAUUCAGGCAUCAUUGCCUUCGUCGCUAUGCAUUAAAUAAUGCAGCAGCAGCUACCCUCCAAGACCCUAGGACUGCCGGAUUCGCGCUUUCAAAGUCAAAGCUACCGAAUAGCAAGGACGCUAGACACAAUCUCUACAGGUACCUAGAGUCGAGGUGUCGACUAAGGUUUGGCUCACCGCUUGCAGCCAAAGAGCUCAAGUUGGAGUACUUCGGAGUAGGAGGCCAUUACGAGUGCAGCGUUCUUGUUGAAUUGAGGACUGGUAGAGGAAAGCGCCCUUAUUUUGGAAAAGGGGCUGUCUGGUUAAAUACACUUCACCCGGAGCCAAAAUACGAAGACGAUAGUGAUGACGAGGAGGAUGAGGAGCUGAAGGUCCGCUCUUAG